AUGGACCAAGUAAUGCAAUUUGUGGAGCCCAGUCGGCAGUUUGUGAAGGACUCGAUAAGGCUUGUGAAGAGGUGUACCAAGCCUGACAGAAAAGGUAAUCUAUUUUAUAUCAUAGAUAUCCUUUUCACGAAUUGCCCCCUACAUGGCUGGCUGUUGUGAAUGGCUGAUGUUUUCUUACACAAAACACUGUACCCUUAUACAGGAAAUUAAAUGUAGUUACCUUUGAGGUAUUCUCACAAGCCUCUCUCCCUAGCAUGAUGUGUCAGUAUAGAGGCAUAGAACUGACUGGGCAUAUAUUUCUCUGUAUUAUAGAUCAUUAUCACUUUAUUUUCUGCUUUAAUCAGUUGACUGUCCAAAUUCAUAUAACAUUGUUUACAAUAACAAUUUUGUACAUUUCUUGUAUUUAUUUAAUGAUUUGUUAGCCUCUGGUUGACCUAACUUUGUAAAGUAGCAGCCAACUGAAUUUGGCCAUGCAAAAUCAAAUUAAACUUUGUUCUUUUUAAUUUCAGAAUUCUCGAAGAUUGCCAUGGCCACAGCGAUAGGUUUUGCUAUCAUGGGCUUCAUUGGUUUCUUCGUCAAACUCAUCCACAUCCCAAUCAACAACAUCAUUGUGUAA